AUGAAUAUCCAUCGAAAAGAUCUUCUACCUCCGAAAUUUUUAUGCAUUUCUGCUCGAGCACUUCUGAUCACAUUGACUUCUAUUUUUCUGAUCCUUUGCUUGGCUGGAAUUCUGUAUGACAUGACGCACAGUGAUUUUGAACUGAGCUCAUGUAUAUUUCUGAUUCCACAAAUUAUAAUUCUCAUUGCUGCAUUGUUAGUGGCACUAUGGGCACUUCACAUCGCAAGAAUUACCUUAAUUCUUUGGCUUAUUUUUCUGGUGAUUACUGGAAUGUUCUAUGUGGUUUAUCAUACUGCUGGUAUGGCGACAAACAAGACUGAUGGUAGUUUGGAUUUUUUGUGGCAAAUGGGAAAUGAAACAGCCAUGCAGAACUCGACAAUGUUUGAGAAAGAUGGUGAGCAACCAGAGGAAUUGUUCAAGGCGGCAUUGAUAUUUGGAUAUGGUCUCGAAUUGGCUUAUGCUCUUGUUUUUGGAGAAUCUCCUUGCAUUUUCAAAAAAUACAGUAUAAAUACUGAAAGUAUGAAACUGUUUCCAAAAAAUUGUACAGAAGUUUGUGCGUAUAUUCAAUUAGAUUCGAAUUCAAAUGUGUCCGAAUCUGAAUUGGAAGUUUAUUUCAAAAAUGUGAAAGUUUUAUACGGAUUUGUGAGAAUUUCAAAAACCAAUGUGACAAGCUUAAGAUUUUUGAAAAAUCUAGAAACUUUGGAAUGUGGUGACGAAAAUGAAAACUUUCUAGUGGACACCAAUCUUCAGAUGAAACAAAUUGGAAUGGAAAACUGGAAAUCUACAAAUUGUGAUAUUUUUUUGAGGCUCAAUGAUAAUUUCGAAAAACUGUACUUGCCAAAUUUAAAAAGCUUCCCCACAGAAGUAUCGAUUGAGAUAUUUGGUUCUUUUUGUUUAUCCGUUGAAGAAAUUAGCAAUUUCUAUAGUUCUCCGAAUGUUACGCUAAAGAAUGUUCCAGAUCAAUUUUGUCCAUUUUCCAAUAUAUCCAUAAUCCAAGAAGAGCGGAUUUGUGUGAUUUCACAAAACUUUAGUCUUAAAAAUUUUGACGAAACUUGUCAAAGAUUAUUCGGAGUUUUGAAAAUUGGACCUGGAGAUGAGAGUUAUGUUUAUAAAUUGAGAAAUGUAACAUGGAUUUAUGGACAACUAGAAAUUCAUAAUACAAAUUUGGAUAAAAUUGAUUUUUUCGAAAGUUUGGAAUAUUUUAUUACUCUGGGUGAAUUUAUCUCAAUGAAAAUCACAAAAAAUCCGAAAUUGGAAGUAUCCAUGUUCCCAAAAUUGAGAAAAAUCCAAGGAAAAAACAUAGCACCAAUAAUUUUCUAUGAAAAUUUCGAAACUUUUGAUAAAAAUGUCAAAACUUGUCAAGAAUUUAUGUUAAGUAGUCGCUCGCUGGAAAGAGAAUUUGGAUUUAUCGACGAACAGCGUUGCGAACCUUUGUGUAUAUUUCAUCAGUUUAAUAUAAAUUCUGAAACUUUCAAGUCUUUUCCAAAGAAUUGUUCUGAAGUUUGCGCCUACCUUCAAAUUGAUUCUGACUCAAUAAUCACUGAAUUGGAUUUGGAAAAUGCGUUUCAAAAUGUAAAAAUUCUGUUUGGUUAUGUGAGAAUCCUACACUCGAAUUUGAAGAAUUUACAAUUUUUGAAAAAUCUGACCGUUUUGGAAUGUGAACCAAAAGAAAAAAUUUAUAUUUCUAAAAAUAAAUUUCUAACUGAAAUUGGAAUGGAAAACUGGGAAUCGACCAAUUGUGAAAUUGAAAUUUCUGAUAAUCCCUUAUUAGAAAAGUUCAAUUCUCCUAACCUAAAAAAUUUUUCGAAUCUCGACCUGAAUUUCCUUAUAAAAUUUCAAUCUGAAAAUUUUUGCCUAUCAUUCCAGGAAAUCACCCAUUUCUCAAAAAUUCCUUAUUUCCAAGUUUUUGCUAGAGAAGUUAAUUAUUGUGCUUCAAAUGUCUCAAUGGUGGAAGACGAAAAAUUCUGCGAAAUUCCAGAAAAUGUCGGUCUUAAAAGUUUUGACGAAACGUGUAGGAGAGUACUUGGGAUUCUGAAAAUUGUACCUGGAGAUGAAAAUUAUGUCUAUAAAUUGAAAAAUAUAACAUGGAUUUAUGGAAAUCUAUUGGUCCAGGAAACAAAUUUGACGACUAUUGAUUUUUUGGAUAAUCUGGAAUACGUGGUUGCUUUGAACUAUCAAGAAAAUUACCCAACUAUACAACUUCUGAAAAAUCAAAACCUGGAAAAUGUCAAGUUUCCAAAACUCCACGUUGCGCAGCUCUCCUACUCAGUUGGAAUUCCUAUCGAGUUUUCUUUGAAUCACGAAUCGUUGAGUAAAAAUCCGAAAGUUUGUUCCGAAAUUAUGCAUCAAAUUAAUACCACAAAUAUCGAUUUUCUAUUGAUUGAUAGAAAAAAUUGCGAAACGAUUCAAAAGGAGUUCGCCAAGAAUUGUGAAACGGGAAAUCAGUUUUUGUUCAUGCUUUUUAUUUUCUUUUUUUCAAUGUGCUAA